AUAGAGGCUGUGGGACUAAGUUUGAACCAUGAGCAUGGCUAUACGCUAGUCACAGCCUGGGGAGGGAAGCCUGGACACUGAAAUCAUGGGGAUCUGCUACAGAGCCAGGAAGCUGAGGCGCAAUGGGUCAGUAGGUGAUCACAGAGGAAAGAAUAGGAUGUUCAUCUCCACGCAUUUAUCCAAAUAGCCUUGAGUCAGCAAGAGCUUGAGGGAGAUUUACAGAGUGAUAGAGGCUACAGUUGAGCAAUCAGUAUACAAUGAGGGCAGAUGACUGGGUUUGUUUCUGGAAAUCCUUAUUGUGUCAGUUUGGUUCUAGCUCAAGUGCCUGCUUCCUUCUAAAGGUUAGGUACCUCUGGCACAGCAGUAAUUUGAGCCUCUGUGGUUGCCACACCCAGAAGUAUUGCCCCGUGUCCUUGGAAUGUACUUUCUGUGUCCACUGAAUUCCUAGAGGGACCUUGGAACUGCAGACUCUCCGCUGGAGCCUGAAGGGAGCUUCCACCCUGAGACAGUAUGGCCCCAACCCCAGAAUUGAGCAAAGAUGUAAAACUGAAAGAGGUAUCAGGGAUCCUCCUGCAGGCUGCAACUGCGGAUAGCUGGAGCAAGAUCCAGACUUUUGAGGCCAAGCCAGAUGACCUCCUCAUCUGUACCUACCCUAAAUCAGGGACAACAUGGAUUCAGGAAAUUGUGGACAUGAUUGAACAGAAUGGGGAUGUGGAGAAGUGCCAGAGAGCCAUCAUUCAACACCGCCACCCCUUCAUUGAGUGGGCACGGCCUCCUCAGCCCUCAGGUGUGGAAAAAGCCAACGCAAUGCCAGCUCCACGAAUUCUGAGGACCCACCUUCCUACUCAGCUGCUGCCACCAUCUUUCUGGGAAAAGAACUGUAAGUUCCUUUAUGUAGCUCGAAAUGCCAAAGACUGUAUGGUUUCCUACUACCAUUUCCAAAGGAUGAGUCAAGUGCUUCCAGAUCCUGGUACCUGGGAAGAGUAUUUUGAAACCUUCAUCAAUGGAAAGGUGAGUUGGGGAUCCUGGUUUGACCAUGUGAAAGGAUGGUGGAAAAUAAGAGACAAACACCAAAUUCUUUUCAUCUUUUAUGAGGACAUAAAGAGGGACCCAAAGCAUGAAAUCCAGAAGGUGAUGCAGUUCAUGGGAAAGAACCUGGAUGAAGCAGUGCUGGAUAAAAUUGUCCAGGAGACGUCAUUUGAGAAAAUGAAAGAAAAUCCUAUGACAAAUCGCUCUACAGUCCCCAAGUCUGUCAUGGACCAGUCCAUUUCCCCCUUCAUGAGAAAAGGAACUGUGGGUGAUUGGAAAAACCACUUCACUGUGGCCCAGAAUGAGAGGUUUGAUGAAAUCUACAGGGAAAAGAUGAAAGGAACCUCAAUAAGAUUCAGCAUGGAACUCUGAUUGGGAUGUAAAUGAAAAGACCACAAGAACAUAGAUGCUGUCUUCUAUCCCAAACCCUCAGCCAAAAGUAACUUGAAAUCAUACCAUAAGUGUAGUUGAUUUUGAUAGCAACUGUCUUUGUAAUUAUUAACAGUUUGUCACAACUUUGUGAAAAUUA